UCAUGUGGGUGUCUUGGGACCACCUGAGGAUGCUGUCCUGGCUUCUUGUCUUCCAUACCUUGGUUCUUCCAGAAUUGGGUGUUUCCUCCUUGGAAAAACCACAAACUAAUCAAGUGUCAAAAGGGCUGCAGCAACUGCUUGGCAACAUCUCCCAGUUCUUUGAGAAAGACAUACUGGGCCGUGAUGAUGCCUUCAUCAUGGUUUCUCGUAAGGGAUGGGGGGCAGAAGCAAUUGGCUGCAGCUCCAAGCUUAGCAGGCCAGUGGAUGUCCUUGUUAUACACCAUGUCCCUGGAUUAGAAUGCCACAACCAGACUGUCUGUAGCCAGAAGCUUCGGGAAUUGCAAGCUUAUCACAUCCGCAACCACUGGUGUGAUGUGGCCUACAAUUUCCUGGUUGGGGAUGAUGGCAAAGUAUAUGAAGGUGUUGGUUGGAAUGUCCAAGGCUCUCAUGACCAGGGCUACAACAACAUCUCCUUAGGUGUUGCUUUCUUUGGCACCCAGGAAGGCCAUAGUCCCAGCCCUGUUGCUCUGUUGGCCAUGGAGGCCCUGAUUUCCCAUGCUGUGAAGAAAGGCCACUUGUCAUCCAAGUAUAUCCAGCCACUUCUUGUGAAAAGUGAAGACUGCUUGGUCCCUCCACAGAAGGGGAAACAGAAGAAAGGUGAGACCCAGGAGUGA